GGGAUUGGAGCGGUUUCUCUUUCGGACCAGAAAAGAUUGAGAGGGGAACAAUGGCAGAAGGAAUGGGCGCAGCUUUGGACCGGCCACUGCCUGGUGAUGAUGUCAAACCCUUUACACCAGAGCAAGCCAAAGAAAUUGUGAUGUCUCUUCAGAAACCUGCAGUCUUCUGCAACAUGGCUUUUGAUUGGCCAGCUCUUCACUGGAAAGUUGCAUAUCUGGCUGAACUAUUGGCUGGAAAGAGAAUACGUUUUAGAAUAGGAAAGAAAGAGAUGGACACAGCUCCUCUAUUUGAAACGGAGUGCAGUUAUGUGGAGGCUACACUUGAAGAGUUUCUGGCCUGGAGUGGGAGAUGGCCUUCUCGCUCUUCUGGACCUUUCAGCAGUUACGACUUGUGUAAAUACUGGACUUAUGCUGACUAUAAGUAUAUUGCUCAACUAUUUGAAGACAAGCCAGAAAAUUUCCAGGAUAUCAGAUGGUCUGACUUUGGAUUUUCUGGAAGAAAUGGAAGGGAGAGUACUCUGUGGAUUGGAUCUGCUGGAGCAAACACUCCUUGCCAUUUAGACUCCUAUGGCUGCAACUUAGUGUUGCAAGUGCAAGGAAGGAAAAGGUGGCAUCUGUACCCACCUGAAGACUCCAGUUUUCUUUAUCCCACCAGAAUUCCCUAUGAAGAAUCCAGUGUGUUCAGCAGAGUCAAUGUGGUCAAUCCUGAUCUAAAAAACUGUCCACUAUUCAAGAAAGCACAGGCCCAUGUGAUUACGCUGGAUCCUGGCCAGGUCUUAUUUGUUCCCAGGCACUGGUGGCAUUAUGUAGAAUCCAUUGACCCCAUAACUGUUAGCAUAAAUUCAUGGAUUGAAUUGGAAGCAGAUCAUGAAGCCCGUGUAGAAGAGGCAAUCACCCGAACACUGAUAUGUGCAAUCAAAUCCACAGAAAACCCUGAUGCUUCAGACUCCUGGCUCAACCCAACAGAGGUUGAAGUAACAUCUCAUGAAACCAACCUCCACUACUUAAAUGUUGCUGUGUCUGCCUAUUUAGAGCAUCACAAAGAUGGUAAAAUAGAUCACAGAACCCCUGAAACCCAUGGUUCUGCAGGGAUUCUUCAACACUCUUGUAAAAGAAGGAAAUUCCAAGUAAACACAGAACUAGAGGGCCUGAAAUCUGAACCCUGUGAAUUCAGUAGAACAGAUUGCAAAAAGAAAAACUUGGAAAACAUUCCGUUUGGUCAGAGUCUCAUUCAGGUGUUGCCACAGCUCCAGGGAACAAGCCCCAUGGGAGCAGCUGAACAUGACUCUAAAGCCCUUGUCAGUGAAAAUGACAGACACUUCGGAAAAUCGCACUGUGCAGGGGAGAUAUCUGUAAUGCACAGUGAUUAUGGACCAUUUGUAGUUAAAGAUGAUCUCGGCCAUUGUGCCAGUGCCUCUCAAACAGACAUUUGUACAAAUGAUUUGCUAGAUUGCGUGCUAAAUCCACAAGUCAUCAAUUUAAUGGCACGUCUUUUGUUGGACAAAGCCAGUAUUUAAAAAUCUGUUUUCUUUCCUUUUAAAAAUAUAAAUGCCUGCUGGCAAACAUGUUCUGAAGGUCCCUCAGCUUCUCUGCUAAAGAAUCAUAGUCCUGCUGCAGCAUUUCCAGAAGGUUCAACGCUGAGCUUCCAAACAGUACAGCAGGUAAGAGGGUCAGUGCUUUUGAGGACAAAGGAAGUUACAGAGCAGUGACAAUACUCAGUAUUUUCCCUAAGAACUCAGAGGGUGUCACAUAUAUCCCAUACUUCCUCCAACAAAUCUCAAAGGAUACUCAGUAUUUCCUCAUUCCAGAUGGGGGUGCUGAACCAGAGAGAGUCCUGUCCAGGACCGCAGACCCAUCGAGUGUUAUGCCAAGUCGUGCUACACUGACACUAUUUCAUUGCCUGCUCCAACAUGAUGUCCUCCAGAUGGUUUAAGCUGUGGUUCCAGUCACUCCUGACCAUUGGCCAUGGUGGCUGGAACUGAUGGGAGUUGUAGCUCAAAACACCAUGGAGGUGGGAAAGGCUGCUAUAAAAUAUAUUGAAUGGGGACAUCUCCAUUUGCAUGUCAAAUAAAUGAGCUCAGGAAAAAUUGGGAUAUUUUUUUCCUGACUGUUUUUCAGGAAUCAGAUAUUCUUCCUUGGCACAUCCAAUCCUUCCCCUCUUUCUCAGAUGUCUUUCGCUGCACUUUACUUUAAGUGGAGUCUAGUUCAAGAAGACUUGUGCCAUAAUAAAUAUGUUGAUUUUUAA